AGACGCAUUCACUGGCUUUUGCAUGAAUCGCGUGUGCAAGAAUGGUCAUAUUUCCGUAAUGAGAAUUGGAAUCGUGUCAUUUCCUAUUUUCCCCAACCAGAGUAGUAAAGUUUAAUGUUAUCUGUGCUUUGGGAGCACCAGAAUAACGCCGUGCAUUAAAUUUAACCUUUGACACAAUUCCCUUGCCCUGCACGUAUUUUACAACUGAAACUGUGUGGAUGUGUCUUCAAAAGUGCGAGUUUUGGACCCCCGCCCUCUAGAUUUGCGGUGCUUGCACCUCCUGAAUCCCUCUUCCUACUCCCAAGACCACACCUUCGUUUCGCUUAAGAAAAAAAAUCUGGAGGAGGUCAACACGUUAAACUAGUAAUGAGUAAGGGUGUGUCUUGCGCGAGUGAACAGCAUUCUACAGUCUCCGCAGCACAGCCCAGCUGGAGUUUCUCACUGAUACUGAAGGCUACCGUAUUUCUUGGGAUUUAUGUUGUCGCUCUCAGUUUUCCCUCUCCAAAGUAUAAGAAUCACACGCUUAUUCUGCACACUUUAAGCUGGGACGCUCACAAGAGAACAAGGAGUAACCACCCAAGAACAAUUUUAUUUAUGUUCUGUUUAUUUAGUUUUUACUGGACCCCGCAUUUGCAUUUAUUUUAUCCACGCGUCAAUUGGGGAAAAAGCAAAAGGAUUAUCGGUUUCCGUGCUGGGUUUUGAAGUUUGUCGUGUCGCCAUGGGGGAUGUGAUUUCGACUCACCUGGAUGAAGGCAAGCGGGAGAUGAUUACAGCUCGGACGGGCGAGGUGAUGGGCGACUUCGGCCGUCUGUACGAGCAGCAGUAUGCCCUGGCCCUCGUCAACAGCCUGCGCUUCGAGUUCGAGGGGAACGAGGGACCCCAGCCACAGCUGCUGCACCGAAAAGUGCCCCUGAAGGACAAAUCCAUCUUCUCGGGGGCCCUCUUCCAAUACCUGGAGGAGAACAAGAAAUGGCGUAACCGAUUCUUCUUUGUGCCAGACACCUACAAGAUCCAGUACUUCGAAAACAAGAUGGCCUAUGAGAGGGGUCUGCAGCCUAAAGCAACAAUCAACUGCGCCGGGUACAGAGUGCUCACCUCCAUGGACCAGUACGUGGAGCUGCUCAGCAACAGCCUGCCAGGUGUGAAUGCCAAGGCCAGCAGCUCUCCCUUCCUGAAGUGUGCGACGAAGUUCCCCCUGAUCCUCUGGCACCCGUACGCGCGCCACUUCUACUUCUGCGUCACUUCGGAGAAGGAGCAGGAGAAAUGGCACGCCGUCUUCCAGGACUGCGUCAGACACACCAACGACGGCCUGUCUGAGGAGUGCAAGGUGCAGACACCAGCUUUCACAGAUGCGGUGAGGCUCUACCGACAGGGGCACGGGCAGUACGGCACCUGGGACAUGAUGUGUGGCGUGCCCCCACAGAUCCUGGCCAACCUGGUGAUGGAGACCCUGCUCCCCGAGCUGAGGGACCUGAUCGCCCCAAGGCUGAAGGGGAAGAUGCAGGACAGGCAGAGGAACUGGAUGCUGAUCUCGGAUGCGGUGUACGGGCUGGUUCUGGGGCAGACACAGGCUCAGUACGAGGCCAUCGUGCAACGGUGCGAGGCAGGGCGCCCCCCUCUGGAGACCUCCAUACGGACAGACAUGGACCAGAUCAUCACCUCCAAAGAGCACGUCACCAACAAGAUGCGUGCGGUGGUCCUGCCCAAAGCAGAGGAGCUCCUGAAGAGCAGCGUCAGGCCCUACAUCAGCUCCAUCCUGGACGACCUGAUGGAGCCCACCAGCCGUGGCUUCUCCGAGGUCCGCGACGUCUUCUUCCGCGAGCUGGUGGAAAUGAGCAAGAACACCAUCAACGAAGGCAGCAAGGAGAAGCUGGGAGAGCACAUGGAGAAGAUCUCCAUGCUAGCGUUCCACCCGGUGAAGAUGCAGACCUGCUAUGAGAAGGUGGAGCAGCUGCAGCUGGAGGGGCUGCAGCAGCGCUUCGAUGUGUCCAGCCCGUCCGUCUUCGUCCAGAGAGCGCAGAUCCUCAUGAGAGAGCAAAUGGACAACGCGGUGUACACCUUUGAGAAGAUCCUACACCAGAGCCUGGAGGACCAGGGGAGCAAGGAGAUGUGCAAGAUCAUUCAGCACUGCCAGGACAGAGUCAUUAAGAAAUAUGACUACGACAGCAGCACGGUGCGCAAGAAGUUCUUCAGAGAAGCCCUGCUCCAGAUUGUCAUCCCAUACAUGCUGAAACAGCUGACUCCAUCCUGUGCAGGGGACCUGCCUCGCUUCCAGGAGCUGAUCUUCGAGGACUUAUCCCGCUACAUCCUGGUGGAGAACGUGUUUGAGGAGGUGGUACUGCAGUCUGUCAUGAAGGACAUCAUGAUGGCUGUGAAAGAGGCUGCCGUCCAGAGGAGACACAACCUGUACCGGGACAGCAUCGUCCUGACCAACAGCGACCCCAACCUGCACCUGCUGGGGGAGAAAUCCCCCAUCGACUGGGCCGGCGAGUACGGGGGUGAGGGGAAGGAGGCGGAGGAGAAGGAGGGGGGGGAGGGUGGUGAUGUAAACGCGGAAGUGGGCGUGACCCAGAAGAGGCGCAGGGUGAAACAGGUGGUGUCCAUGAUCCAGCUGGACGGGGCACCCCUGCUGCCCCACGAGUCCUGCCUGGAGGUGCCGGGGGUGGAUGGCAUCCCGGAGGAGUCUGAGGUUGACGCGAAGUCCUCCUCACCCGAAACGGGACCCCCCGCCCUCGCUAACGGGACAGCCAUGACGAAGAGCGCUGAAGAUAAGGCUGCCCUUCCAAAUAAUGAGGUCCCCGCUGAGAAUGCCCCACAGGAAGCUGAGCAUUCUGCUGAGAGUGCGAAACAGGAAACCGAAAGCAAGCCCCCUGCAGAGAGUGUGGAACAGGAAACCAAGUCACCUACAGAGAGUGCAGAACAGGAAGUUGAAAGCAAACCCCCUACAGAGAGUGCAGAACAGGAAGCUGAAAGCAAACCCCCUACAGAAGAGAGUGCAGAACAGGAAGGUGAAAGCAAACCCCCCACAGAGAGUGCAGAACAGGAAGUUGAAAGCAACCCCCCCACAGAGAGUGCAGAACAGGAAGUUGAAAGCAAACCCCCCACAGAGAGUGCAGAACAGGAAGUUGAAAGCAAACCCCCCACAGAGAGUGCAGAACAGGAAGUUGAAAGCAAACCCCCCACAGAGAGUGCAGAACAGGAAGUUGAAAGCAAACCCCCCACAGAGAGUGCAGAACAGGAAGUUGAAAGCAAACCCCCCACAGAGAGUGCAGAACAGGAAGUUGAAAGCAAACCCCCCACAGAAAGUGCAGAACAGGAAGCGGAAAGCAAGCCCCCUACAGAGAGUGCAGAACAGGAAGCGGAAAGCAAGCAGCCUACUGAGAAUUCCCCGAAGAACACUGACAGUUCAUCGGCCAUAGAGAACGCGAUACAGGAGAUAGACAACGCAGUGCAGGGAGAGGAGAGCGGGCAGCCCUCGGAUAGCACAGAGAAGGAUGUGGCCAAAACCGUGGCCCCAAAACAGGAAGAGGAAGUACCACCAGCAGGACCGGCAGAGAGUUCCUCCGAACAGCCCCCGGAGCCAGCCCAGCAGGAUACCAAUUCCGUCCCCCACCAGCACGACGACAGCGGCUUCCAGUCCCCCACAAGCGAGGCUGCAGAAGAGGAAGACAGUCAGCCAAUCACAGGAGAUGCCCUCACUGACUCAGGGAAGGGGGGAGUGGCUGUGGAGCCACCACAGAGUAAUUCGCAGACGCAAGUGGAGGCUUCUUGAAAGGAUGCGUCAGUAUCUAUUGGGGUCUGAGUCAUCCUUUACAAAGCCCUUGAGAGGAUAUAAAAGAAAGUGUUUCUGUUAUUUAAAUGGUGAAAGUUGAAAAGGUUUUUUUUUUUUUUUUGUAUCUGUGAUUUUUAUAUAUAAACAAGAGGUGGAAUUGGCAGGAUACAGGAGUCCCUGUCAGUUUUAAGUCUUACUUUCGGUGUAAUAUCUUUCUUUUUUUAUUCUUAUUUGAAAGCUCAUCAAACUGCUUACCAAGUUUUGGGGAAUUUUGGGUGGAUUUCUCCCCCCCCCCCCCCCCCCUAGUUUAUUCCAUUUCUUUCACCUCAGGGGAAACAUAAAUGGAAACCUGGGCUGGGAUCGGCCACAGUUGUAAUUAAUUUACAAUAAUUACCAAAUUCACUUCAAUAGAAUAGGUGAAUUUAAAUUCAAUUUAAAUGUCCGACCAGGAUCAACACUAUUUAUGAAUUUGAUCCUCAAUCGUAGAAUUCAAUGAAUUCCUGUGCACCAUCCAUCGUCACUGUGUCCAUAGCCAUUUUCAGUAUGAAUAAGGUAACUCAGUGGCAGAUACUGCUGGACUUCAGUCUGCUUUGGUCAAAACCAAGUUUUGCAAUGCAGUAGGACUUCAUAAAACGUAGGAGAACAGCAGGUGAAACACUAGACAAAGAAUUUGUUUUCUGUCAGAUGGCCUAUUGGGAGUGAUUUCAACCAUCCUUAUCCUGUUCAGUGGCCAAAGGUGCAUUUAUAAAAUAGGAAGAGCACACACUAAUGACGCUUUGCUUGGAUAUGAACUGAAAAGCAGCAAGGUAUAUAUUUAAAAGGUGUGACGUCAUUGUUAGCAUCUGUCUUUAUUUCCAGUCCAAACUAAUGCUUUUGUCAAUGUGUGGUCUUGGGUCUUGAAGACUGCAAAGGAAGCAUGUUUUUCCCCCAUAAUCCUGUUCAAUCCCACCCUUGACUGAGGGCAUAGUUUUUUUUUUUCCCCAAGUAAAGUAUUCUGUUUAAAAGCGAGCGUUCUAUGUUCUGCUGAGGGGGUUGCCAGGUUGCUUCUGUAUGAUUCUGCGCUAGAGGUGGUUGCCAAGUUGGCUAAGUGAGAUAUCUGUGCUGGAGGUGAUUAAUAUGUAUUUCUCUUUGUAGAUACCAUUGCUAGAGGUGUUUCAGUUGUUUGCUCUUUGUUUUUUUUUUUUCUCCUUCCCCUGAAUUUUUUGUUAAGACCUAGUGAUUGUAGCCUGUGCAUACUGAAUAGAAUUGAGGCUCAAACGUAGCACAUAUUGGUGGUAUUCUGUGAGCUCCUAUACUGUCAACAUUCUCAAGGAACUUUAUUCUCAAGGGCCACCCCUCAGAAGUGUCUGUGUGCUAAUGACACAGGUCAUACGGUGAGACUCGCAGAAGCGUUUCUGUCUGUUGUGAUGGUGAUCGUGACCGGGCAGGGUCUCUCUAUGGCUAAUUUCUUUUGGUUUCUUGCAGUUUUCACCAUUUUGUAUUCAAAAGACACUUUUUGGAUUUGAUCAUAAACCAUUUAGCACUGUUUUCCAUGCCCAGUAGCAGUCGUGGGCUGGCAAUAACAUAAUGCAAGGCAUUGGAGUUAUAGUCCAUUAUAGUCCUCCUCGUGUCUUCAAGCCACCUUUUGUUUUUUUUUUGCUGUUACACUUUACAGCUCUAAUAGUUUAUCAUAAACCAUCAAUUAAUUGGCAAUUCUCCAGAACGCUAAUGACUGCUAUGUAGUUGCAUUUUGGCAGCCAAAAUGUGUGAGAUUUGGUUAUCAGAAGUGAAGACCCUUCAUUAAACUCCAUAACAGGUAGAGUGAUAACUUGUGGUUUUUUAUGUUUAUGAACCAAUCAAAAAAGACUUCUGUCUUCAGCAACUACUGUUACUUGAAAGACAGAUGUUGAGCAUAAUAUGUAAUAGUUCAUUCAUUUUUUGGGAACCAUCAGACAUACUGUCAGUCACUCAUUUUAGGUUUGUUGAUAGUGUUUUCAAAUAUGUAUUCAAACAAGAUAGCUCCGAACAUUAGCUCGGUAUUCUGGACCAUGGCAGUGGGAAUGGGUGAGUGACACCCAUUCAUGAAUCCCAUAACGGGUGGAGCUAUAAUGUGCUAUCAGGUACUUACCUGUACAAGCCAAUCAAACGACAUUGCCCUUCAGUGCACAAUACUAGUAUUUUUUCCCCCAAACCCCGAAAACUAUCUGGCCCAGGGUACUGUGUGGGCCUCUCAGGUUUUUUGCACAUAAUCAAAAUGCCCAUCGGAAAGACCCAAAGUGAAUUCAACUGCGCAAAACAUGAAGCAGUAUUUCACAAAACUGCUGCUUGAUGUUGGAAGUUUAAGACCGUGUAGACGUCAGUAACUUCUGUCUGUGGACUUCAUCUCCCAUAACGACGGUGGUAAAAUGUGGCAUCAUAGACCAAGCCUUAUGAGGUUACUCCUGAAUUUUUUUUUCUUGAUUGCCUUCUAAAUAAAAGCACUUUUAAUAAUCAAGAUGCCUUAAGGAUGUGUUUUUAUUUAAACUUAAAUUGCAGCCAGAUAAAAAAUGGACCAUUUUGUGUAUUGUAUUGCUGUGCACAACCAAUGUGUAAUAGUAACUGCCACCUCAGCUUGUCUCUGUCGUUAACACUUCUCCUGUCUCCUCAAGCUUUGUUAAUGUAUCGUGGACCAAAGCAGAAAUCACGCCCAUCCCAAACAUGCAGCAAUGAAACGACGUAAAUGACUUGGUCUCCACAUUUAUUGAUUCUCUUGGCUUGUAUGUACAGUGUAGAUGAUAUUAUAUGUGUGGAAGUGUAAUGGCUUUUUUGUGAUGGAAGGGCACAUUUUGUGCCUGCUAGCUUUGUGUUCUUUUUUUUCUCCCUCCCCUGGAGCGUUUACCUUGUCUAUUAUUUAUUAUGUCGUGCAUCUGCACACUGCCGCUUUCACGUCAAUGGGUGUUUUUUUUCCAUUUUAAAUGUGUUUUAUUAAAAGUCAUACAUACGUGUAAGGAUAAUAAAUUACUAUGGAUUUUAA